AUGUGGAAGGAUGGAAUUAGUUGUGACAUUUUUUCGGCUGCUGAUAACAUCAUUCAUGCUGUUGUUAGACUAGACCCUAGUAAGCCUGAAGUCUUGAUAUCUUUUAUGUAUGGUUCAACAUAUACUGAUCCAAAGAAAAAGCAAUGCAAUUUUAUGCAUGAUCUUAGUAAAGAGGUUUUUCAACCUUGGUUAGUCAUCGGUGAUCUAAAUUUUCAUUUAGACAGGAGUGAUAAUAGCACUGAUUCUUGGGUUCAUAAUAAAGUUAGGGAUUUAGGUAUUAUGGAUAUUGACUUUGAAGGAAAAGACUAUACUUGGACUAAUAAUAGUUUUGGCACAAGAAGUAAGAGAGACAAAAUUGAAUUGGCUCUUGGUAAUAAUGACUGGUUUAUAAAUUUCUCUCAAGCUAAGCUUUUGCACUUGAAUUUUAUUGGGUCUGAUCAUUAUCCUGUUCUCUUGAUUACGGAUCCUAUUCCUAGAAAUCUUUGGAGACCUUUCAAAUUUUUCAGUACUUGGAUUAACCAUGAGUCUUUUAGAGCUACCAUGGAUUCUGCUUGGAACUUAUACGUGCAUGGCUGCACUGCAUUUAAACUUAAGAUUAAACAACAAAGUGCCAGGCUAACCUUAUCCCAAUGGAACAAGAUGGAGUUUGGUGAUAUCCAUCAGAACAUAAAAAAUAUUCAGAUUCAGCUAGAGAAUGCUCAAAGUGAUUUUAGUUCUAGUGAACAAAUUAGUAGAGUGAAAGCUCUUACUAAAGACUUGAAAAAUUGUGAUAGGUCUGACAUCAGUAAUAUUCUCACUGAACACUUUAAAAAUAUUAGUACUACUUCUAAUCCAUGUUUUCCUGAUGAUGCUUUUGAUAUUAUUCCUGCUAUUUUUGCUGAUGUAGAUAAUGAUUUUUUGAUUGCAAUGCCUACUGAUGAUGAAAUUGAAAAUGUUGUGAAAAGUAUGCCUGCUUGGAGCUCCCCUGGUCCUGAUGGGUUUCAAGCUGGAUUCUAUCAAACCCCAUGA